CUUCUCGCGUUCUCUUCUCGCGGUAACGCCAAGAUCGGUUAGUAUGCAGCUAGCUCGUUAGCAGACUCCAUCGUUUCCAGGUUUCGUGUCAGCCUGAGAACGUUAGAGCCGGAGGGACACAGACAGCGAAUCGCCAGCGGAACGCUUUUAACACCCGGGCAGCACGGAGAGGUGGGACGAUGCCGUACAACUUCCAGGCCGGAGACCUGGUCUUCGCUAAAAUGAAGGGAUACCCCCACUGGCCAGCUAGGAUUGAAGAUGUGGCUGACGGAGCUGUGAAACCACCCCCUAAUAAAAUCCCCAUCUUCUUCUUUGGGACUCAUGAAACCGCAUUCCUUGCAGCAAAAGACCUUUUCCCAUAUGAAAAGUACAGCGAGCGCUUUGGAAAGCCCAACAAAAGGAAGGGCUUCAACGAAGGUUUAUGGGAGAUCCAGAACAACCCGCAUGCCUCCUACAGUGCCCCGCCUGCACAGGCUAGCUCAUCUGACAGUGAGGGAAACGAACCAGCAGCAGGAAGCGAUGAGGAGGAGGACGACGAAGACGCUCCGGUUCCUCAGAAAGCCGACUCCGGCAGCGAGGACGAGUCCGAUUCAGGGAGUGACGACAGAGGGAGGGGGGGUGGGGUAAAGCGAAAGCCGCAGCCUCCCAAGCGGCCACCCCCUCCAAAGAAACCUCGAGGGUCCUCCAGUGACCAAGACGAAGAGGAGAGCGGCUCCCCCUCUGAGUCAGAACCAACGGCUUCAGAGUCUGAUUCUGGCAAAAACAGCGACAAGGAUUUUACUCCAGAGAAGAAACCUGGUGGACGAGGAGGAAAGAAAGCAGCGGGCAGAGGGAAGAAGAAGAAAGGUUCCUCUGAGUCGGAUUCAGAUUCUGCAUCGGGGUCAGAGAAGAAGGCAGCAGACAGCGACUCCGAGGACGAGAAGCCGCGGCCGGCUCUGUCUGGCUCCGAGUCCCAGUCCGGCUCCAAGUCUGAGUCAGAGUCGGACCCCCCUCCCCGCAAGGGCCCCCAGCCUCGCAAGAAAGAGAAAGCAGCUCCAAAGCCUCGAGCGAGAAAACCCAAACCGGCCCCGGCUAAACGGGCUCCGACGUCCUCCUCCAGCAGCGACAGCGACAGUGAACCCGACCGCAUCAGCGAGUGGAAGAAACGCGACGAGGAGCGCCGCCGAGAGCUGGAGGAGCGGCGGAAAAAAGAGGAGGCCGAGGAGCUCCGCCGGCUACGGGAGAGAGAGAAAGAGGAGGACGAGAAAAAGAAAAAGGACAAGGACAAGGGCAAAAAAGGGGACAACAGUGACAGCAGCAGCAGCUCGGAUGAAGGUAUAGACGAUCAUCCACUGAAGAAGUCCAAGAAACCCCCGCCGCCCCCCAUCCCCGCUCCCUCAGACUCUGAUUCUCCAUCCCAGCUGGAGGUGAAAAAGCCACCAAAGAAGGCAGACAAACAGAAGGCAAGAAUAAAGAAGGAGAAGGAAAGAAAAGAUAGGAAAGAGAAGGAGCUGAAAGAGAAGAAAGCCAGACGUGCCGAGGAGAAGUCCAGAGCGAGGUCUAAGCCCGAUAAACCCAAACGCAGAUCGGAGAGGCCGCCAGAGAAGAAAGUGGAAAAGAAAAAAGAGCCGUCACCAGAGGAAAGGCUACAGAAACUCCAUACAGAUAUAAAAUUUGCACUUAAAGUGGACAACCCAGACAUUGACCGGUGUCUGAAAGCACUUGAAGAGCUUGAAUCCGUACCCGUCACCAGCCAGAUUCUCCAUAAAAACGCUGAAGUUAUUGCUACACUAAAAAAGAUUCGGCGAUAUAAAGCCAGCGCCGCAGUCAUGGAGAAGGCCAGCGACGUGUACAACAAGCUAAAACUUCGCUUCGUGGGAAAACCGGAGCUGGCAGCUAAACCCAAAACGGAGAACAAAGAAACGGAGAAUAACGAAAAGCAGGCGGAAAAUGCAGAAUCCGCACCAGUGAACGGGGAAUCGGAGGAGAAAAAAGAUGACCCGGAGGAAGACGAAAACCCCAAGUCGCCGCCGAAAGAGGAGAAUAACGAUGGCCCGGGUUCAAGUCCUAACAGGCCCGGCUCAGACAGCCCAGCUCAACAACAGACACCCACAUAUGAGGAAGCAGACGGCUCCGUCUCAGCAGAGCCGGAACCGGCCGCCGUAGAAACCUAAAAGACUCUCUACAACGCCCCCCCCCCCCGGCAGCGGACCAAGUGCUAAAAGACGGUGGCCUCUGGUUGAUGAUCAGACACUGCUACUGGCCCGGCAGCAUCGCCGCACACACCCAGCAUUUCCUACAGCACCUGUUACACACACACACACACACACACACCUACAAAUGUUGAUGCUUUGGAUUGUUUGUGGUACACUGAUAUUAAGUCAGAAAGCCAUUCUGUCUGUUUGGUCCAUCGUCUCUCACUGCUAAAUGAAAUGUUUCUUUUAAAUGUUUAAGGAAUUUUCUUCUCAUUUGGUUCAACUUAAACUGCCUGCCUCAUUUGUCUCCCACAUGAACUCGUUCAACCGCCCCACAUGUAGUAAAAGAAAUCACUUUUUUUUUUUUUUUUUUUGUAGCUCUUGUACCCAGGAUGCAGUGGUGCAAAGCUCAUUUUAAAGAGAGGCCAGGAAGACUGGGAGAGGAAUUCAUCUGUUUCGAAAGGAUUUUUUGUGCAAACCUUUACCUGUGUCUGCUUAAUUUUAUAAAGCCUGCCAAACAUCACUAAGGCCUCUUGUCUGUGUGUGGGUGUGUGUGUGUGUGUGUGGCAUUGCCAGAGUGGUACAGUACUGUCUGUGAGUCUUUUUAUGUUAUGUAUUUAAGCAUCUGGUCUGAAAAUAGUUACUACGGUCUGAAAUGUAAAGAGCGACUAAAAAGCUGUUUUCUAACUGAGGUCCACCUCCUUUUUAUUGCCUUUUUUUCCCAUAGGAUCACGGUUUUGUCUUUAAAAAUAAUUGCUGGGCAGUUAAGCACCAUGCAAUCUCCGUUUUAGUGUCUGCUUUCAGUCAAUCAUGAUUAUUUGGGGCAAAAACAACAAAAAAAAAAACUGAAAACUGCUCUCGGAACUAUGGAGAUCUCUUGUAGCUGCAGCCUAUUUCAGCAUUUUCUAUGUGCAUACAUGUGUUUUUAGUGUUAUGUAAAUUGUCAAAGCGUUUCUAUGACGUAGUUGAGUUGAAUAAAAAUCUCAGCAUGGA